GCGUUAUUCAGGCGACGGAGCUCCCACAUCUACUCUGUUAAUUGUAAUCGUGCUUGUCACUCGAUUGCGCCUCAGAUUUACACGCGUUGUCUUGAAAAAACAUCGCAAACUAUCGGUUACUUAUCGCGGCGAACUUUUUUUCUACUCGAGAACCCGUUAUUCGUCGCAAUGUCAGCAGAAGAUCAGGUUUCCCAGCAGGGCGUCGAGGUCGAAGAGAAUGCUUUCCAGAAGCCUGGGGAUAUCGUCGAAAGAGAUGACGAAACUGGUGUGAUGCAACUGGAGAGUCUUUGCAUGAAUUGCCAUGACAAUGGAACUACUAGGCUUCUGCUCCUCCGUGUUCCAUUCUUCCGUGACAUCAUCCUCGAGUCUUUUGAGUGCCCGCACUGCCAUUUCCGAGACAACUCCGUCAAGUCCGCUGGCCAGAUCCAAGAGAAGGGAUCGAAAUAUACCCUCGAUGUGGAGACUGAGGCCGAUCUUCAACGGCAGGUCAUUAGAAGCGAUGUCUCGAUCUUCAAGCUGGAAUCUCUGGGAAUCGAGAUGCCGAAGGGCGAAGGCCAGCUCACUAACGUGGAGGGCGUUGUUCAAAAAAUCCACGAAACGCUCAAGAGCGAGCAGCCGCUCCGGAAAGAACAGGCACCUGAGCUCCACGAUGCGCUCGAGCCGAUCAUCGAAAAACUCGAAAAGAUUCUGAAUAGAGAGGGGUUUCCCUUCACUAUCUCUCUGGACGAUCCCACCGGUAACUCCUGGAUCGCCCCCUCGCCCAACGACAAGGCACACCAGUACAGACGCCGCGACUACCCCCGUACUCACGAGCAAAACGAGGAGCUUGGAAUUUCCACGGAUCCGGAGGCGGUUCAAAACGAGGGCAUCGCUCUCACCCAGUCGGCGGGCGACCCUGAAGACCUCGACAUCAUUGACGGGAAGGUCUAUACUCUUCCUGCCGAAUGCCCAGGAUGCACAAAGCCCUGUGUGGUCAACAUGCAAAAGGUUAACAUUCCUUACUUCAAGGAGGUCUUUAUCUGGAGUACUGUUUGCGAUCACUGUGGAUACCGCAGCAACGAAGUGAAGACCGGUGGCGAGAUCCCUGACAAGGGAAAACGCAUUACCCUCAAGGUGGAUACGAUCGAGGACUUGUCUCGCGAUAUUCUAAAGUCCGACACCUGUGGCAUGUUCAGUCCGGAACUCGAGAUGUCUGUGGAACCCGGCACCCUUGGCGGUCGCUUCACUACCGUCGAAGGCCUUCUCACAGAGGUGCGCGACCAACUGCGUGGCCAAAUCUUCGAUCUCGACGACACCAGCUUCGCUGGCGGAGACAGUAUGGCGGGCUCCGAAAAGGAGACGUGGGAUCGUUUCUUCAAGCGUCUCGACGCCGCCAUCAGUGGCGAGCUCAAGUUUGUCAUCACUCUCGAGGACCCUCUGGCCAACAGUUAUGUCCAGAAUCUUUGCGCCCCGGAUCCCGAUCCCAAGAUUACCUCCGAGGAGUAUAUCCGCUCGGAAGAGGAAGAAGAUGAGCUGGGCUUGAGAGACAUGAAGUCAUAAUUGAUACCCCGUGGAGAAUUUUCCUUAUUGGCAUUGGUGGAUACCAACUUCAUUUACCGUUUGACGACCCGUAUGAAUGUCUUCUCUUGUUUAUUAUCUUUUUCUUUUCGUUCUCUUGUAUCAUGGCGCUCCAUGCAAAGAUUCGACAGCCGGUCAUGUUGAUGAAAGGGGUUAGGUGUGUUGCUCUGAAUCAUGAGCAGAAGAGCUCGAUGUGUUCAUGAAAAUAAAAGUUUAUAGAUAUGAAUAUGCUUUGCUAGAUGAAUACUU